AUGGAAGGUAAUGAUGAAAUUAAUACCAAAAGAAAAAGAGAAAAUUAUCAAGAUGAAAUAUUAGAUAACUUCAAAAUAAAUUAGUAGAAAAAAAAGCAAAUUAGAGAGAAAGAUUAUCAAGAAAAUGAUGAAGAAAUUAUUACAAACAUAAAUUUAUAUAUAAGAAGGAUAGCAGAAUAGUAGAAUGUCUACACAAAUAUAAAAAUUAAAGAAAUGGAAGAUUUGUUAAUUUUUUAAGUGUUAACAACAGUAUAUUUAAGUUUAUUUUAUAUAAUAAAUAUGAUAUUCAGAACUUAAACCAAAUUUAUGAGAGCAUCUUAAUAAAGGAAAUGGGCUAAAAUUCAAUUUUAGUACAAUAAAUUAAUUCUCAAAUAGCAUUUAUAUUAGAUGACCUCAAAGGUAAAGAUGUAACUGUAUUAUAUCGAAUUAUUGAUAUUUACUGCUCAAAAUAUAUUUUUAGAUGUUUAGUUUUCAUAAUUAAAUAUACCAAAUUUUAUUAAUUUUUUAAUAAUUAAAAUGAAGUUUGAAGAAAUCAUUAGAAAAUAUGUCAGUCCAAUCAAAAGAUUCGAUCAUGUUCUUCCAAAUAAUUAUUCAGCCUAAGAUAUAUAUAAUUACUAUGAAGAAUUGGUAAUUCAUUUAGUGAAAUAGGCUAAAUUUAAUGAAAUUGAAUCAUUUACAAAAAUCAGAUUUACAAGAAAGUUUGCAGAAGUUGCAUAAACAUAAGACCAAAUGGAUUGGUUGAAUGAUAGAGCCAAGGAGAUUUCUAAUGUGGCCAUGAGUUUGUUCAAACUUAGAUUUCCUUAAUUAUGA